AUACUAAAAAUUAUUUAUAUUUGGCUUGAGAAUACAGUAAAAAAGAUUCACAUUCCUAAAUUACGUAUAAUUAAGUACUAAAUGACACAGUAUAGAACAUGCUAGACCGUUUAGAGUUUUCUUUUGGUUUUUUUUUUGAGACGGAGUUACGCUCUUGUUGCCCAGGCUGGUGUGCGAUGGUGUGAUCUCGGCUCACCUCAACAUCCGCCUCAACCUCCGCCUCCCAGGUUCAAGCGAUUCUUCUGCCUCAGCCUCCAGAUUAGCUGGGAUUACAGGCAUGCGCCACCACGCUCGGCUAAUUUUGUAUUUUUAGUAGGGAGGGGGUUUCUCCAUGUUGGUCAGGCUGGUCUCGGACUCCUGACCUCAGGUGAUCCGCCCGCCUUCCGCCUUGGCCUACCAAAGUACUGGGAUUACAGGCGUGAGCCACCGCUCCCGGACCUUUUUUCUUUUUUUGAGGCAGUGUCUCACUCUUGCCCAGGCUGAAGUGGAGUGGUGCAGUCACGGCUCACUGUAGCCUCAACCUCCCGGGCUCAAGCGAUCCUCCCACCUCAGCCUCCUGAGUAGCUGGGACUAUGGGCACGUACCACCAUGAGUGGCUAAUUUUUGUAUUUUUUUGUAUUAAUUUUGUAAUUUUUUUGUGCCACUGCAUUCUAGCUUGGGCAGCAGAGUGAGAUGAUCUUCUUGUCUCUCUCUCUCUCUAAAAAAAAAAAAAAAAAAAAAGACAUUAUUCCGAGGGUCAUUUAAAAUAUUUUUAUUGACAAUUGUAAUAAUUUGUUUAUUCAAACUGCCUUUCUGUUUCUUUAUAGUCAUGAAUUAUUGGCCAUAAUAGUUGUGUUACAUUUUAUAUAGAUUUGAAUUUCACACUUCUUAUUUUUAUGCAGAGAGAAGUCACAGGCAAUAUUUUCACCAAACGAUGGUUUUAUUUUAAGGCUCAAAGUCUUACUUAGGCUAACAUCUUACUCUAUUUAUUAACAGACGUGAUUAAUGUUUCUCCCACUGGCUCAUUCAUUCCUUCAAGUAAAAAUAGAUUUACAUUUUUGUAAUGUAAUCUUGCAUUCUUAUGUAAUGUAAUGUUGCAUUCUUCAUAUGACAGUAUUGCAUAAUGGUUAAGAACCUGGACUUUGGCUUCACCAUUUAGUAGCUAUUGGGUCUGUGACAAAUUACUUCUCCAAACCUCUCUUUCUUUAUAUGUAAAAAUCCUACUGUUUAUGGUAAUUGUGACAGUCAAAUGAGCUAAUACUAAGUGCUGAGUACAGGGUUUGGCACACAGUAAAAGCUCAAUUUUGCUAUUAUUACUGUUAUAUAUAGAUAUUUGGGUAGCUUUCAGUUUGUGGGGGAAGUGUCUGCCAUUAUUGUCAAAAUAAUGCAGGACUGAGGAAGCCAGGUAUAAGUUCAGAAAUCAGGCAGCAUGGCAGGGAUAUGCAGAAAGCAGUUUGCUGGGUUUCUUUGCCUCUGCUUCCAGGCAGAGUGAAUGACAGCCCUGCAGCAGCAGAAGUGGUUCCAGCUACCCAGAUGGCUUGCAGUUUUCCCACAUACAAACACUAUGGGAUGCCUGAUCAUUGUCCCAGUUAUUCCUAGUUCUUGUAGCUAGCCCUCAUACUCUCCCAGCUCUUAUGUUGAUAUUACAACAUGGUGGGAUCGGGAGGAUGGAAGGAAUACUAAAUGUUAGUGUUGUUUGGAGCUAAAGCUCAGUUCUUCAUCUGAGCCACUUUGUAAGGCCAACUAAGAUAACUGUGGUGAACAUCUCUUCUGAGCAAAAAAAAAAAAAUGGACAUUAUAUGGUCUGACAGGAAUUUUGUGCUUUUUCCAAAUGUGAGAGGCAGACUAUGUAAAAUAGUAUAAUUUUUGGAACACAUCUUAAUAGUCAUAUGGGAACAAUAGAAUGAAUAUUUUGAAAUUGUACUAUUUAAAUCAAAAUUAGAUGCCAUUAAAAUUUUGGUUCCACAGUUGCAUUAGCUGUAGUUCAAGUGCUCAGUGGCCACGUGUGGCCACUAUAUUAUACAGCAUAGAUAUAGAACAUUUCCAUCUUCACAGACAGUCCUAGUGAACACCAUUGCUCUAGAAUAUGUGGUUUGUAUAGUUAUAGACUUUUAGGGAAUAGUGCAAUAUUGGACCAUAUGCCUUAUAAUACAUUUUUAAAAAUCAAUUCACUACAAUUCUCUCUUAAUUCCUCCAGCAUGCUGUGAUGGGCAGUGCAAAGAGCACAGGAUCAGACCUCAGAGCCCUCUGGUUCAGAUCUUAGUUUCCAUACUGACUUGCUGAGUGACUGUGAGCACCUCUCCUAGCCUUGGUUGCUUUUUCUAUGAUAUAAGGGACUUGGGCCAAGUAAGGAAGUUGGGCCAAAAUGUUUUGGAGCUUUAAAAUUCAGUGAUUUCAUAAGUCUUUUUCCAGAAACACUGAGCUCACAGAUCCUACUUUGAUCAAAGACUUGUUUGAGAAACGCUGACCUCUGGCAUAGAUAACUGUCAGCAGGAUCUCCCUCUGAUGUCUCAAUAUUUUCUGCUCUGUGUACAAAGCAUGAGGGGCUCUCAACCAAUCAGGAUCCUCUACCCAGGGAUCCACCAACUAGGUACUUUGGUUUUGCAUGAUUAUGCAUGUAGAUGUAUUGCAUGCAAGUCUGUGCUGUUGGAAAUUUCAUGCUUCUCUUUAUAAAGGAACUUGUUGAAUUGACAUGGGUUAGUGACUCUCCGGGGGUGUUACACCAUGAAGUGUGGUAGUGUCAAAGGGAGUUCUUGGCAGUUAAAUUCCUCAGCUAGAUUAUGAAGGACAGUGGUCUUUGGACUUGUGGGCUGCUCAGGUUUAGAAUGAUUUGGUGUCUUAGCUUUUCCCCAGCAUUAGCCAGAAUUGAACCCACUACAUUCAACCAGCAGCUGCCGCUCAACACCUGUGCUGGCCCUCUGCCCCCUGCCUGUUGUGGUCAGGGAGAUGUGUUCUUUUUCAGAAACAUCUUUGUGUUUAGCAGCUUUAGACAUUCAGACAAGAUAUUGCUAGCCUGGCUGCUCUUGGUGGAUUUUCUUUUUCUCUAAGGACCUGAAGAGGUCAUUAGGUUGAAUAAGAGCCAUUACUGACUUUUCUUGCUAAGGUACUAAUCAGGAUUUGAGGAGGAAUCUGGGUCUUCCAGAAAAUCAUAAGUGUAGACUCCUAGAUCCUUGAGCUGCCUGUCACUGAUUGGCUGCGUCCUUGGACAAGGCCCUGACCUUCUCUGAGCCCUAAUGCUCUGUAAACCCUUCCUCUCCAUCUGGGAUCACGAGGUGGAAUGUAAAAUGAAUGUUUUUUCAGCUUCGAGUUUUCCUAUAGAAACAAGAGUUUGCACUGAGUUGCAAAUGACUAGUAUUCCUAAAAAUAAAUAAUCAAGGCUAUGACUUCAAUAGCUAGAAACAGCCUAGAAUAGCUUUCUGUUUCACUUGAGGAAGCUUUUUACCUCUUUCAAAUGCACCAGGACAUUUUUGCAGUCUUUAUUUUAAUUAAAGCCCAUUUAUUUUAAAACACAUUAAAAUAUGGGUUGUAUAUUUUAGCAGUUAUUUUAUAAAGAAUGAAAUAGGAAAAUUUUGGAAAAGCCUUGGUCAUCCUUGAUGUUUCUGUUGUGAUCCUGCGUGAUGUUUAGCACUGUUCUAUUGAAUGUGUUCUGAUACCAUCAAUAACUAAAGUUCUUUUUAUCCUCUUUUCCCCCUUUCUUCCUCUGGUCUUUCUCUUUCUUAUUUCUUUCCCUUCUGCUUCCUCUUCUUUAGUUUGACCUCACUGUCCAGGGCCCAUGUGGAAAAAGGUUGCUGUUUUCGGUUAGUCUGGAGGAAAAUCCUAUGAUUCACUCCCUUUCCCACCCACCUUCUGGUGGGCCGUUUGUGGCCUUAAGUUAGCAGUGUGUGUGUGUGUGUGUGUGUGUGUGUGUGUUGCGCACCCUCCCCGCGGGCACACCCGCCUGCAAGCCUGGUGUGUGUGUGCGCGCGCGCGGCUGCAAGCGCAUGCAUACGCCAGCCGGGCCGUCUGUUUGUCAACGUGUGUGUGUGUGUGUGUGUGUGUGUGUGUGUGUAUGCACACAGCGCGCACAUACAGCAGCACGUUUGCCUAAAAGCCGUGUGUGUGUGUGUAGCGCACGCACACACGCCCGUGCUGCGGCCGGGGGGGGGGGGUGCGCGUGCGUGCGGGCGUGCAGCGCGCGCCCUCGCCAGCCCGCCUGGCCGUGGGGCUUUCCCUCAGGAAAGCGGGGCUGAGGGCAGCCCUGCAGCGCCGCUCAACCUAGUGCGCGCCCAGUUGUUUCCAUAGGAACCGCGACCGCGCCGGGCCCCUCCAGCGGAGGCCCCCGUGCGAGCAUGCCCAGUGCAAGCCGCUAGUUUGGCUCCAGUCUAGGUUUCCAGUAAGUGGCAUGCGGGACUCCGGAGGGAUCCCAAUGAGCUGAGCCGAGAGCCUUUGUGUGCAGAGGGAGGAGGAGGAGGCGGCGGCGGCCGCCGGGCUGGAGACCCCGCCCGGGGAGCCCCCAGCAGGAACAAUGCUAGCCUGCCUGACCCGAGGGAACUUACUGGACGUCCUGCAGGAGGGCUUCAAUGAGCAACAGCUGCAGGCCUAUGUGGCCUGGGUGAAUGCACAGCUGAAGAAGAGACCAGCAGUGAAGCCUGUGCAGGACCUGCGACAAGAUCUCCGGGAUGGGGUGAUCCUGGCAUAUCUCAUCGAGAUUGUUGCAGGAGAAAAGCUGAGUGGGGUACAGCUGAGUCCCAGUAACCAACAGGAGAUGAAGAAUAAUGUGGAGAAAGUGCUACAGUUUGUGGCCUCUAAAAAGAUUCGUAUGCACCAGACUUCGGCUAAAGAUAUUGUGGAUGGAAACUUGAAGUCUAUCAUGAGGCUGGUCCUUGCCUUGGCAGCUCAUUUCAAACCUGGCUCUAGCAGGACGGUGAACCAAGGACGGGACUCCAGAGCCCCUCUGCAAAGUCACCGACCACACUGUGCCACUGCUGUUGCCCAGGGAGCAGCUGCUGCUCUGGCCGAUGUGUGUCAUGACAUGUCCCGAUCAGGACGGGAUGUCUUUCGAUAUAGACAGAGGAACAGCAGCAUGGAUGAGGAAAUUGAGAAUCCAUACUGGAGUGUGCGGGCCCUAGUUCAGCAGUACGAAGGGCAACAAAGGUCCCCGUCUGAAUCCAGCUGCUCCAGCCUGACUUCACCCAGUCCAAUCCACAGUGCAAAGAGCGAGUCCAUUAUAACCCAGUCAGAAGAGAAGGCAGAUUUUGUGAUUAUUCCCUCUGAAGGAAUAGAGAACAGAACAGAGGGGACAGAUUCUCCAUUAUCUCGAGACUGGCGGCCAGGGAGCCCUGGAACCUAUCUGGAGACCUCAUGGGAAGAACAGCUGUUGGAACAACAAGAAUAUUUAGAAAAAGAAAUGGAGGAAGCAAAGAAAAUGAUAUCAGGACUACAGGCCUUACUGCUCAACGGAUCCUUACCUGAAGAUGAACAGGAGAGGCCCUUGGCCCUCUGUGAACCAGGUGUCAAUCCCGAGGAACAACUGAUUAUAAUCCAAAGUCGUCUGGAUCAGAGUAUGGAGGAGAAUCAGGACUUAAAGAAGGAACUGCUGAAAUGUAAACAAGAAGCCAGAAACUUACAGGGGAUAAAGGAUGCCUUGCAGCAGAGAUUGACUCAGCAGGACACAUCUGUUCUUCAUCUCAAACAAGAGCUACUGAGGGCAAAUAUGGACAAAGAUGAGCUGCACAACCAGAAUGUGGAUCUGCAGAGGAAGCUAGAUGAGAGGAACCGGCUCUUGGGAGAAUAUAAAAAAGAGCUGGGGCAGAAGGAUCGCCUUCUUCAGCAGCACCAGGCCAAGUUAGAAGAAGCACUCCGGAAACUCUCUGAUGUCAGUUACCACCAGGUGGAUCUAGAGCGAGAGCUAGAACACAAAGAUGUCCUCUUGGCUCACUGUAUGAAAAGAGAGGCAGAUGAGGCGACCAACUACAACAGUCACAACUCUCAAAGCAAUGGUUUUCUCCUUCCAACGGCAGGAAAAGGAGCUGCUUCAAUCAGCAACAGAGGGACCAGCGACCUGCAGCUUGUUCGAGAUGCUCUCCGCAGCCUGCGCAACAGCUUCAGUGGCCACGAUCCUCAGCACCACACUAUUGACAGCUUGGAGCAGGGCAUUUCUAGCCUCAUGGAGCGCCUGCAUGUUAUGGAGGCGCAGAAGAAACAAGAAAGAAAGGUUCGGGUCAAGUCACCCAGAACUCAAGUAGGUAGUGAAUACCGGGAGUCCUGGCCCCCUAACUCAAAGUUGCCUCACUCACAGAGCUCUCCAACUGUCAGCAGCACCUGUACUAAAGUGCUCUAUUUCACUGACCGGUCACUUACGCCCUUCAUGGUCAAUAUACCAAAGAGGUUGGAGGAGGUGACGUUAAAGGAUUUUAAAGCAGCUAUUGAUCGGGAAGGAAAUCACCGGUAUCACUUCAAAGCACUGGAUCCUGAGUUUGGCACUGUCAAAGAGGAGAUUUUCCAUGAUGAUGAUGCCAUCCCUGGAUGGGAAGGGAAAAUUGUAGCUUGGGUGGAAGAAGACCAUGGAGAGAAUUAAUGCCAAGUAUCAGAUUGAGGGCUUAUGGAACCUGGUCACUCCCUGGCUGCUUCACUCAGGAAAGGGAACUAAAACCAGAAUACACUAAGAAGUUUCUAGUUUGUAUGCCAAAACAGAAGCUUCUCCAAGCAUGAUGGCCACAGGUCAGUCCUAUUUCUGUGCCUGGCAUAUCUGGUACUUAAAAUUCUGUCCAAAUGUAGACCAUGGGUUCAUCUGGAGUUCCUUGUCCGUGGGAACACAGUGUUCUAUUCUACUCUGAGGACAACAAACCGAAGGCCUUAAACGAUGGGGAUGGAUGAUCCCGCCUCUGUAGGGGCAUGGCUGCUAUUAUCUGGAAACUAGGAAUUGGAUGCAUCAUUCCUGUGUGUUACAGUAUUAUUUUAAUUGGCCUCAGUGGUUGCAGCAAUCAGAGUCCCAGCGUUUGUACUCACAGACAAGGCAAAGGUACCAGCUUUUCUGUUUCUUUGAACCUACUGCAAACCAAGAAUAACUCAUGAGGUGGUACCAAAGAUGAAAGCCCAGUCUUCAGUAAUCUUUUGAACCAGACGUGGAUGGUGCUGAAUUGUUGCUUGGAUGGAAAAAGGGCUGCCCAUAUUGUGCUACACUAUGCUAAAACUGUAAUUUAGUAAGACCUCGGGCUGCCUCUUCUGUCUUAACUGGUUCUGCAGCUUGUCCUUUUGCCCACAUAGGGCCUAUUUCAUGUACUGUUAGUUUUCUCUGGGGACUCUAACUUUAGAGCCAUUUCUUUUUCUUCAGACUGAUGAACUUUUGUUUGAAAGGCAUAAGGAGUGAAAAGCUCCUUGAAAAUCCAGGCGGGUAUGGAAAGGUGCUGCUACCCAUAUCUUUUUGACUUUCUUUGUUUCAUGACUUUAACUCAUGGCAUCUCCUUUGUAGUAAAAGGAGACAGACCAUUAAUUUCAGCAUUUCUUUGUGAUUUAUAAGUACUGAGCAUGAAGUACUUGUCUCCCCUCAUUUCAAGGCCAGAGUUAUUUUCUAUUUAUGUAUUAGUCUAGGCUGAUCCUUUAGGGCACAAUAGAAACCAUGGGGCGUGGAGCAUGAGUUGUGAAUCGCAGGGAUCAUUCUGGGUAAAAAAAAACCUAGAAUCAUUUCUGAUGUGCAACAUUGUCAAGUGAAGAAGCUAACAGUUCAACUACCGAGAUUAUUUGAUAACCUGGGUUUUCUCAUUCAUCCAUCAAGCACCAUCAACCAGUCAGCCAUUAUUAUUUAUAUAUGUAUUACCAAAAGCAGUCUGUCUGCCUGUGACCUCCAAUGUACACUGCCAAACACAAGAGUAGGACCCAUCUGUUCUGGGUUCUUGUCUCCAAUUCAUCUCCCCUUUUCAGCCAUUUCAACAAACUACUCUUUGGAGCUCUGAGAUGACAUCUUGUUGUUUUAUAUAGAUGUAUCUUUUAAAAAUAGUUCACGUUUGGAGAAUUCUUUUGUACUCAUUUGCUUUUUGUCUGAGGACCAUGUCUAUUUUUAUAACUGGAGUGUGAGUUCUGUAUCUUCUCACAUUCUGUAUACUGUAUCCAUUUUCUAGAGAACCCAGUAGCUUUUAUACAGUCUCUUCUUACCACCCCUUGUGGUUUCAGAACAAGCUUUAUUUUAUUACGAGUAUACUAAUGACAACUAAUUCCUGUUCCAAUUCUACCUGUUUUAGUUGUGAAGGUAGUUUUGUGUAAUCCAGUUGAUUGCUCCUCUGGCAGAGAGAAGGAGCUCAAAAGAUACUUGAUGUCUUUCAUGUAAGUUUACCUGGUCUUUUCCUAUUGAAGAAUUUUUCAUCAGAAACGACUGGGAAAGUUUGGGAAAGUCAGCAAAAGAAAGAAUGCAUUUCGAAAGCAAACAGAAGAAAAAGGUAUAUUCUCACAGUUUUUCCCCAGGAAGUCUGGAGAAAAAGUCCUCAUGUCACCAAUUUCUCUGUUGCAUGAAUUUUAGUGUUUUGCUAUAAGACAGCAUGAGGGGUAUCAGGCCAAAAUUCAUUAUUGUAUUUCCAAUACAGUUUGUCUUGAAUGUCUGUCUCUUAAACCAGUUUUUACUUGUCAGUUUUCUCUCAGCAAACAGUCUUACUAUUAUGUGGAAUUUAACUUUUCAGAGAAAAUUUCCAAAGUCCUCUACCUUAUUUGGCUUUUAUCUGUGUCUUUUGGAAAAGGAGCUGCAUGGCCUCAGUGCCUCCAUAAAAAGCUUAAGUUGAGUUCAUGGGAGAACAUUAAGAUCUUUUUUUUCCCUUUUAGCUCGGUAAUCUCAUGUACCACAGGUAAUGACCAAGCAUCUCUGCUAGAGGAUGUACCUCUCAUAACUCCUGUGUAAAAUGAGGAUCCUGUUGGUGAUCCUCAUUCCAGUUUCCAAAGCGAGAGGAGCCUUCUGAGCAGAAGUAUGCAAGACUGAUUCUGUUUGGAACAGUUUCCUACUUGGCUGCAUUCUAGGAGGCCUCCUGACUUAUUCAUAGUAUUGUCCCCUGGUGGCAUUGGUGUGGGGUAGCUUGUCCUGCUACUUGCUAAAGUUCUCUUUCUUUGAGAAAACUGAGGAACCAGAAUGCUUAGAGUUCAUAAAAUAAUCUCUAAACCAUGUUAGGUUAAAACAAAAUGACCAUCUCACAAAAACGAGUUUAGUUGAAUGCUCAAUUCCUUACAAAAUCUUCAUUUAAGGCUGAGUGUGGUGGCUCAUGCCUGUAAUUCCAGCACUUUGGGAGGCCGAGGCAGGAAGACUGCUUGAGCCCAGGAGUUCAAGACCAGCCUGGGCAACAUAGGAAGACUCCGUCUCUACAUAGAAAUUUUAUUAUAAAAGUAGCUGGGGAUGGUGGCACACACCUGUAGUCCCAGCUACUCAGGAGGUUGAGGUGGGAAGAUUGCUUGAGCCCAGGAGUUUGAGGUUGCAGUGAGCUGAUCAUGCCACUGCACUCUAGCCUAGGCUACAGAGCAGGACCCCAUCUCCAAAAAAAAAAAAAAAAAGUCAUUUAAAAACUGAAGAAUGUUCUCUUCUUGCUCAGUUCCCUAAAUUAGCUGGGGGGAUUGGGAUACUUUACAAUUUUUACAUUUUUAAAUUUGAAGAAUUUGUAUUAAACUUACUUGGUAAUGGCACUUCUACUUACUGACCAACUUUUCAGCUCUUUUUGACCAGGAUGGUUGCAAAUUAGGGAAAAUAUCUUUAUACUAUACAUCCAAUUCAAGAGGACUUUAAUUACUUAAAAGCAUUUAGGUCAUAAUUAAAAUUAUUUUCACUGUUUCCAUAAAAUAAGCAUUAUGAUUGCACACUCCUUCUACUGUCUGAAUUUAUGUAAGAGGUAUAGCUUGCUUAAAAUACAUAUAUAUGUAAAGUUAUAUUUUCUUAGAAACAUGGAUGUUUACAGCCAUUGCUUUCAAAGAGAUUAUUACUGUGUAUUCCCCCUGUUUUACAAUAUGUUUUCAUGAAGACUAUGUUACACCAGAGGCUUCUGAUUAUCAAAGUGAUAACCAGUUUUAUCUGCCGGUAUGUACCAGAUUUGUGAACUAAUUUAAAAAACCACAAACCAUGAAUAAAAUGGAGUUUGCAAACUAAA